AUGCCUGAUUCAUCUGAAGUUAUUAUAACCACCGUCAAUUUUAUAUUUAUUAUCACCUGCCUUGUUGGAAACUGUUUUGUUUGUGCUGUGCUGAUGAGGAAUCAAGAAAUGAGGUACUUAGAGUAGUGCUACUGAGUCUAAUCUAUAUAUACCAUAAAUAACAAUAAACAAAUAUAAAUAAAUAACAAUUUUUUAAAAGCAAUAGACCACACUUCCUAUGGGUUUAACGGCGUGAUAUCCCACGGGGAAUGUGUUCUUCCAACAUCCCAAGUGAAUUAUCACGCCGGUAAACCCAUAGAAAGUGUGGUCUAUUGCUUAAUUAAACAAUAGAAAACGUUUUCCGUGUUUGCAUAGCCUGAUAUAAAGACUCGAGGGGUUGGAAGAAAUCGGGACAGUUAUGCAAACAUAACUGUCGAGAAUUCUCCCUUCCCCUCGAGUGUUUAUAUCAGGUUAUUCAAACACAGGAAAAAAGUUUUCUUUGGCUUUUAUAAAAUAACUUUCCCGAGAAAAAACGCAAAACUCUUUGUUAUGGCACUGAUUAAAAGAGAAAUUCUUACCAGUAGCAAAGUCUUGUACACGAAGUCUUGCACGCGUAAUCAGUUCUUGUUUUGCAAACAGAUGCUUUCCAAAAUACGGAUUUUUCUCGCUUAAAAUGUCAGCUUAAGCGAAAAAAAGAAUUUACCAAGCUUGUUUGUCAGAACUUUCCAAGUCUCAGCGGACGAAGGAAUGGGUAAAUAAAGUAAACUUGUCAGAGUUUUGAACUCAAAAACUUUUCAAAUUCGUGCUUGCGUGAUUAGCGCACGAAAAGAACAUCUUGACGUCACAACCAUGUUUACAUACCCUCAUACAAACACUCCUUUCGGCCAAUCAGAGCGCGCGUACUAUCUUAGUUAUUUUAUAAAUAUAAAAUUGUAUACUGAACACAGUUUCCCACAGGACACCCAUCAACUAUCUACUUGUGAACCUGGCAGCAGCUGAUAUUUGUUACGCCACAUUCAUUAUACCGACGAUUAUCUUAAGCCAUAAUGUUGGCCAUCCAGAAGGAAUUACUGGGACAGUUUUGUGUAUAAUUAUUACCGGAGGGACCUUAGCGUGGAUUGGCGGACAUGCCUCAAUGAUUACUCUGCUUGUUAUUGCCGUUGAACGAUAUUUGGCUGUGAUACAUCCCUAUGGAAACAGAGGAAAACUAACGUUUAGCAGAUUGAAGGUUUGUUAAUUUACAAUGAGACAAGUACAUGUAUCUAAUUUAACAUUAGUAACGCCAUCGCAGUUAAAGUUUAAAUAAAGGGCUCAAUGGGGUUAACCGUCAACCGUCAAAAAAAAGUUUAUUUUUACCCUCAACCGACAAAAAUUCAUAGCCUUAUUAACCGUCGAAACGCUUCAAGGUAUUUCAAAUCUCACUAUUUCAGCUGAUCUUCACAGACUUCUGGCUCUCUCUAAGAAUCUCUUAACUGGAAAAACCAGCUAGGCUGCAUGUUCUCCAAAACACUUUGUCUAGACAUUAAUUACAAGACCUUACAACUUGCUUAAAUCUGAAAAUAUUUCAAAAUUUUAUGUGUGAAAGGCCAAGGCAACCUCCAAAACAUAACAGUUAAUAUUUAUUGAAACGGAAGUUAACAUUUCUUUAACUCUUUGACUAAAAAUCUGUUGAAUAACCGUCAACCUUCAAAGCUACCACCCCAUAUCGAUACACUGCUCUUAGCAGCUGCCGAGCAAGUAGGCAAACUGAAAGUUCACAUUUAAUUAUGUGGAUUCGUGUUAGGGGAAGUGUUUCACGUCAAUUGGUGGAUGAAAACAAGAAGGCGGGCUGGACCGGCUUGCUGAGAUCCCGAUUGCUUGAGCCGAGAUCUCGGCGACUCGCCAAGCCCGCCCUCUCAUAUAAAACAACGACAAUUUUAAGAGAAGAAAACAAGGCAUGAGCCGAGCCAGCACAGUAAAGCAGACCAGCCCGGUUACUGCCGAGCUGGCUCACUUCAUAUAAACAGAGCCAUAGGAUGACUUUGGUCGUCUCGAAAGCUUUAUUAGUGCGGGCUUUUUCGUUUCGUCCGUCACUGCGUCACUGUUAGUUACCCUGACAGGUCCCGUCGAAAGUACGAGGACAUGGAAUAGCCGAUCUUUCCCGAGAAAAAUCUAGGGAACGUUUUGUCUUUACAUCAAAAUUUUCUGGAGACUUUUUUUAAACAAAGAUCGCAAUAUCUUGCUAAUAAAAUGUGAUAAACACAUCCUGCGAAAAGUAGGUAACCUAGUAGAAAAACUCUGUAUUGUGAUCUUAGACGAAGAAAGCGGUUAUCCAGAAAUUUUUGGCCUCUCUCAAAAUUUAGAAAUUUCUAGGCAAUAUUUGCUUCGAACAGUUAUCUUACAGAAAAAAGUCGUUGGGGCCACCGUUUAGCUGGAUAGGAUCAGCAAUAUUGAAAAUGCCUUACACGAAAUGUAAGGCAGUUCAAGGGACAGCUCGGAACUGGGCAAUUUUAUCGCCCAAUAUUUCGGUUAACCUUCUUCACGAGCUUCAACAAGUCUUAAACUGACGAUAAAAUAAAAGGUUACAAGCUUAUUACGUACUUUGAUGAAGGUUAGUUUUGUCUAAAAGAAAUUUUGGGCAACAAAAUUAUCCAUUUUUGUCAUCCGGUUAGCCUUGCAUUCCGUUUAAAUUUUCUUUGAUAUAAAAACAAUAGUUUCAUGCCCGGUUUCGUCGUAUCUUUGAGAUCACGGUAUUGCGCUUUUUAUUAACUCAAGAGCUGUUCUGCAUAGUGCCGCAUAACGUUCCCACUUGUCUAUUCCAGUAAUUGUUUCCUUGGCCUGAUGAAGACUGGCAGCAAGCAGUGGCAAAGUCGUACACAACUUCCCAGUGACAAAUGUUUUACGAUAGCGUAUAAACCGUUCAAAUAGAUAACUGUGCAAUACUGUCGAGCUAAUCAUUAUAUUCUAAUUAUUUUAAGUCUAAGUUAAGAUCAAUUCAGCCGUAAUUUUAUAUCACGCUCUACUUUAACGUAUCGAGCACUCGAGCUCUACUACAGAAAAAUCGAAACACAGUUUUCCUAGAUUAUAGAUUAUAUAUUUAAUUUUUUUUUAAUACUAGAUAUUAUUAUUAUAAUUGCGUAGAUUUAAUGCACGUUCGUAUUUUGAACGAGCACUUGUGCUCUUAGACGAUAACGUGCUUAAUCGGUAUUUUCAGGUGAUUAUUCCUGGUAUUUGGAUCCUCGCAGUUAUAUACAGAGGCCCUUCCCUGCCGCGAAGUUUUGAUAAGGAAGUUAGUUCCAUCUCCUGCGUUUCCGUUUUGUCCAAAGAAAGCAAAAUGAUAACUGGUAUGACGUGGCGUGCUUUGAAAUUUUUAGCCAUUGUGGUUCUGGUGUUACUCUACUCCAGAAUAGUGUACGCCUUGUGGUUCAAGAGCAGUGACGGUGAAUUCACACGUCAUCAGCAGGUACGACUACAAUCCUUAUUAGACAAGUACAUAGUGGGACCCCCCCGGGGGGUCCUCAACAAAUGUUUAUACGGUAAGGCUCCGCCUCGAGGUCCGAUCCCGUAUACCCCUUUCGUAUACCUUCUAUUGACAAAUGGUACCCCUUUCACAUACCUUAGCAAAGACAAGGAUUACAAUACGAAAAAAGUUUUAAAGUAUUUCUCAAAUCUCAAAGAUUGUAAGCUUGUGCUACCUGCGGUCUAAUGAAUCAUUUUGUACACAGGGUGUAUUGAAGGUGAGAAGGCGUGUGUCCUUGAUGGUUGUUACAGUCAGCGCCAUGUUUGCAGCUUCUUGGGGAGCAGACGGAAUAGUACACAGCGUAGACGAUGCCGGCUCUUUGAAGCUGAACCCUUUAACAAUUCCUAUUGUGCAUUUAACCGUUACUUUCAACUCUGCCGUCAAUCCUUUUGUGUACGCUUUAAUAAACCAAAGAUUCAGGAGAAAGAUGAAGGAAAUGAUAUGCUGCGUUUCACGUUCCUAUACAGCAAGAGUACCUCGCACGACGGAGGAGGUACCGCUGGAGGACAUGGGAUUGGGAACAACACUGGGACGGAGCCAAACAGAGCCGCAAGGGUAGUGACACAUCUGUAGACCAACUAUUUUCGCUGGAUAAUGCUCGAAUGAACUCUAUUUCUAGCAGGUAAAAGGAACAAAUCUCCAGAGAAUCCCAUCCUACAUUGAGGCACUAAAAUAAGCGAGUAAGGUCCAUGUUAUGAAUUCCUAUUUUGCCCUAGGCUGGGGAACAACACAUAUUUGUAAUUAAGUUACUACAAGUUCUCUCUCGGAGCCUCCACCCUAAAUGCCUACGUUUAAAGAGACUUGAACUAUCGAAAGAUAGGUCUUAAUUCGAGUCGCUAUAGCAUUAGUUUUUAGGACAUUAAGAUAAACUAAACUUUAUGUUAUUGAUUGGUCACUGCUUUCUGCCAUUUUGCUUUCCAUGUGGUGGAAACCAUUGUCUUUUCCUAUUCAUUACUUGUGUCACUUAAGUAUUAAGGAAAAUAAAUUGGGAAUUCUCUUAGUAGUCUACAUUACUUCAUUUCCCCCCCUCUGCGUUGUGUAUAUUUUGAUUUUUGGUGAUUUGCAAUUUACCAAGGCGUUAAUCAAAUAGACAAGUUUCGUAUUCCCCGACAGCCCUGGGACGAGGGAUUUUUGGCAGCUUGAAGGCUAAUUUGGAGGAUUUCUUAGCGAAAACACAAACAAACAUCAGUAAAUUGCGGCUGAUUCGAUGCAAAACGAUAAAAAUCAGAAAAAAGCUGUAAGUAAGAUUUGAAACCUCAAACCUUACUGGUGAGCUAAUGAAUAUCUGUUUCAAACAACAAGACUGUGGCAAGAGCUGGUUGUACUAACAGUGAAAUUUAAAAAGUCACGAAGCCAAAAGAAGAAGCGAGAAGUAAACUGGAAAACGGUACCUUAAAUGACCUAAAAAACACCCCGGGGAGGGGGGGAGCACUGUCACAAAAAUUACAGACGUUUGUAUGGAUCUUUAACAAUGUUUCAAGAGUCAUAACUUGAUCCCCAUUCAACUUUAGAACACCAAGCUCGGUCAAAUAACCAAUCUCAGCAUGACCUUUUAUAUGGUGGAGUCAGUUUAUCGAUCAGUUUAAAAUUGAAACUCGCCCCCGUUCCCUACGCAACUCCGAAAUGGCCAAACAAAAGUCUGAGUUCACCUUUCCGUCGAGUGAAAUGUUCAUGUUUUUGUCAUGUUUUGUACUCAGUUGUCAGUGCGAAUAUGUUGAUAAUUAAGUAAUGUAUUAAACCUAAAUUUGUGAACAAAUUUUACUUCUCAAGCUAUCUUUGUUCAAAAGAUUUAAUCAGAUUUAACUUUCUUACAAUGAGGAUAUGCAAAUGAGCUUCAAUAUGCUCUGUAAUUCCCACAUAAUUCAUAAAAGAAAAAAAUUGAAGUCCUCAGCAAGCAGCUGUCAAGACAAGACAAAACAUUUAUUACCUUGAAAUUACUUACAAUCUCUUGGCAUGCAGCAAGAGAGAAUCUGACUCAAGCUACUUACGAAAUGACUCCUGGGCUCAAACCUUUCACAGAUUAUUCUCUCUUGCAUGCAGUUAGCUUCUAAAACGCUAGUCGUGGGGCGCCAAAUUAAUUCAAUAGAAGAUAAUAAUAUGUAAAAAGGAAAGAGAAAAGAAAAGGGAGAAUAUGUGUAAUGACGUCAAAAGAAAGAAAAACCAGAGGCGGAUUCAGGAAUUUUUGAUUAGGGGGGUCCAAACUUUGGUUCAGAAAGGACUGUUGAACUUUUUUGUUGCAAAUUACUUCUCACAGAGACGACCACGUGGUUCUCAAUCUGUGAACGCUGACCGGUCGCCGUUGGCGCGGGAAAUACGGCUUUGCGAGCAGAGUUGCAUGAACAGAUCAUAGGAGGGUAUCUGUCGUGAAUUGUAAUAAUGUCGUGAGUUGUAAUGCAUGUCGUAAAUUGUAAUAACAGUCGUCGUAAAUUGUAAUACCCGUCGUUAACUGUAAUAACAGUUGUCGAGAAUUGUAAUAACCAAGCUGUCGUUACGUGUAAUAACAAAUUGUUGUAAUUUGUAAUAAGGCUAGCUGUCGUGAACUGUUGUAAUAACGCUUUAUCAAAUUUUGAAAUAAUUCCUGUUAAGGGCUUAUUCUACUGUAAUUUUCUUGUCAAUCAAAAACAUUUCAGCCAUUAUUUAGCCAAGACUAUGGCAACGACUUAAUCAUCUGACCGAUCACCUGGUGAACUUAUUCGAAACAGUCAACCAACCAACAUACUGAUAAAUAGUACAGCGCACAAUUGACGUCAGUGUGACUGAUUUGAAAAGUUUGUCUGACUUUUACGAUUCUUUUUAUAUUUUGAUGACAAAAGUGGCAACAAACACGAAAUUAACUAGUACGAAAGAGUAUAUGCAAUGAGUACUUCUGGCACACAUUUAUGAUUUCAUUGAUGACGUCAUUUUACAAAGAAGAAUAAGUCCCUGUGCUCUUAUGUUCCGCAGUCCCCGCGAAAUUUAAUUAAAACAAGACUAGAUAAUAUAGCCGAGAAUAAGGCGCCACUGUGAUACGUUUCUCAGUGCUCACCAAAUUCCUUGCGUAAAGCCUUUUGCAAUGUAGACUUUGUUUAGACUUUGGUUAGACUAACGUGGCUCAAAUUCUCGAGGCCAUUCACGAAUUUCAUAUGCCGUAGUCUCGAGGAGGUUUUUAGCAGUGAUGUCGAAGAAGCUCCUCUCUUAGUCCACAUACUUUUUCACUGUUUUGGAUUGACGUUGUUAGGGGCACACAACGUCAAUUCUCGGAAAGCAUCUGUUCGGAAGACGAUUUGAGAUCUAGAAUUUCCGGAACAUUUGUUGUAAAAUUUCUUGCUUGCCUGCCUCUCCUAGGAUUGUCGAACAUAAUAAAAAAUGGUAUAAUUGCCCAUUUUUAACGGAUUUUUACCCUAAAAAGGUCACCUAGAAUUGUUGGGAGCCUUUUUUCUGGCUGAAAUUUUCGGAUGGCUAGGCUUUCAGCCACGAAAUCCGAAGAGAUGAAAAAUUUUUAGGGGAUAAAAAUAUACCUAUAUCUACCUUUUAAAUACUACGUUUAACUAUGCUAUGUUUAAGCACAGGGAGCCCACACAAUGUGUGUGUGUAACCGAUUGUUAUUUUAUAGUAAAUGUACUGGAUUAACCGUUUGCUUCACCUAUAACGAUAUAUCGUCAAGUAUGUAUAUAAAUCAAUGUUAAAUAAACGUUGAAUUACCUUACCUGUGGUAUAUCGUCGUCCUUUUGCCUCAAAAGCGGUUUUUUGAGCGAUUUUGAAGGAUUUUGAGUUCACCGUUUACUAUUCUUAACAAUAGAAGGACAACUUCUCCUUCUAUUAUUAGGAACAGUAAACUAUAAAAUAACAAUCGGUUACACACACACGUUGUGUGGGGCCCUGUGGUUUAAGUGGUUUUGAACUACCGUAAAAUUUCGAAAAUAAGCCCCUCCAUGUCUAAGCCCCUCCAAAUAUAAGCCCCCCAAACCGGUAAUGCAAGAAACCCUCCGUUAAAUCGCCCCUCCAAAUAUAGGCCCCCCGGGGCUUGUACUUGAAAAAUUGCCCUCAAAUACAACGUAAAACCGGGAGCAAAAACGGUCAAUUUACUUCCAAAUAUAAGGCCAGCCCAAUCGAUUUUGAAACGCAAAUUUCCCUCCGUAGAUAAGCCCCUCAAAAAGGGCCUUUGAAAAAUAUUAGCCCCGGGGCUUAUUUUCGGAAUUUUACGGUAUAUUGCUCCUGUGUUGUCCCCGUGGCGAAGGUAAUUAUAGUCUCGCCGUUUAUUUCACAGCAACUACGCAGGUGUAUUCGGAUAAGCUCAUAUGUCUCCGAAUUUUUGAAAACAUGCUCUAAUUAAGAUUUCUAAAAGCUCCGGAAAAUAGAUCGUUUUCACUAUCACGCAACAAAAAAAUAAAUUGGAAACCGUCCCGUGGAAGAAGACAAGAAAAUGUAAUGUUAUAAAGACUAAUAUAUAAACAAAUUGUCCAAGUCUCAGAUCUUUGUGGCCCACAGUUUCUGAGUUAUUUGCCGAAACAUUUCACGCACCUUUGUAGAGCUUAGUAUCGAGACGCCAUGCAUAUGCUGGCGUACCGUUUUGGUGCACCAAUAUGGAAGCCGGAAAUCAACAAAACAUCUGGAGAUCACUUUUUCUAUAAAAGCUCUUUCUUUUCACUCGAGAACUAGCAUACGUGCGCAUAAACAUACCUUCUGAUACUUGAAAUGAAUCCCGGGGGUACUCCCUAAUAUGGGCUAUAUAGGUAUGUGCGGCCCCAAAGGGUAGGGUUUUUCAGCCGUUUUGGUCAUAAAUUGGGUAUCGAUUUUGGCUAUUUUGCCGCCAUUUUGGUCAUAAAUAGGGUAACGAUUUUUGCACUGUAGUCUUGAAUGCACUUUUUGAGAAGAAGCUACUUCCUUAUCAUGUCCCCCUCCUUCCAUCCGCGCUUUGCCUUCUAUUCGCACAGAAUUCGAAACUUGGUUUCUGGUGACUGCGGUGAGAAUUUUCACAGGGAGCUUGUUGUCUUGGCUGAUCUCAUAAUCAAGCCCAGGCCCUGAGCUAGCCAAUCCCUAGCGAGGAGGUGGGGGGGGGGGGAGGGUACUUCAAAAGUGUUUUAUUCUCAGUGAGUUUCUUUGGAGAAUAUUCAGUUACCAUGUGUCUGGUUUAACAUACGGAGACAGGGCCUUUUCCGUUGCUGCACCUAAACUCUGGAAUGAGCUGCCAUUAGAUCUUAGAAGUUUAGUUACAAUUAAUUUAUUCAAGAAACACUUAAAGACCGAUCUUUUUAAAAAAGCAUAUAAUGUUUAACUUUUUGAUAAUUUAGAAUAGGAUUUAUUGUGAUAUUUUUAUAAAUAAGACUGCUAAUAGGUUUUUAAUUUAUUCAUAUUUUAUUACCAGUGGGAUCUUUUUAAUUAUUUUAAUAUUAUGAAUUGUAAAGCGCUUUGGUCAAUUAGUGGAGUUAGCGCUAUAUAAAUUAUGUUAUGUUAUGUUAAGUUAGUCACGCCAAAUUCUUUACCUGUUUCAAACUGAUUGGUUAAUGCCAAAGAGGAUGUGCUCGGCUGCGAGUCUGUGUCAGGUCAGGGGGGAUGUGGCUCUGAGGUCUCUGCUUAGGGCUAAGUCGCAAGCUACCUCGGUCAUAUAGGACCUUAAAACAGCCAGAGAUGACCAAGUUAAGAGUGCUGUUUUGAUAGACUUGAAUAUUUCUUCACUAAUUAGGAGUCACAAAGAGUAGAAGAGAGGGUAAGAGCUGAAUUUCUUUACAAUUCUGGCCAUAAUCCCUUUAUUUAAGUCAAGUUAAGCUGGCUGGCCUAGACUUGCCAGCUGGUGUGGUUUUCAUGAAGUCGGCAAGAUCUGUAAACUCCAAAAAGUUGAAAAUGAUGUUAAACACAGUCUUCAAAUUCACAAAAGUGGUAGAAAUUGUAAUCGGUAAGCACUGGAAAACUCUCUCGCGCGUACUUAAUUAAAAUUGAUCUGUAAAGGUUUCGGUCUUCUUGCGAGAGCGGGGGUUGCAACAGCCUAUUUGAUUUAUAAAACAGUACACUGAAACGAGUUUUUUUGGGACAAAUCAAUCAGUUUACAAACGACAUUCCUACGAAAAUGUACGGAUUCGCAAAAAAUUAUGCUAGGAGUACAACGAAAAAUAUUAGUACACACUCUACGAACUUGCAAUCUGAUUGACUCGCUUUCUAGCUCGGGCUAACAAAAAAUACCCACUCCCUAGCCGAGCGAACUUAUUGAUAGUGCAUUUGUAUCGAUUCUUUAUUCGGGCUAGUCCGUAUAGGAUCUGGAAAUACAAGAGAAUCCUGACCUUUAAAUUCAAAGGUAAAGAAAAACUCAAGUUAUUCAAAACAGCCUUUUUUCAUUCAUUUUUGCUGGUGUUUAUGCUUAUUGUUGAUGUACUAUUAAAGAGCACUUUGUUUGAAUUUAAGAUGAACUACACUCGCCGAAAGGCGACGUCACUCGGGGCUGACAUUAAAACCUAGACUAGACAGAAAUAUUCAUUGCAUGAAAACAGACGAGAAGUUAACUUCAUAAACUUUCUUCAUGUUUGACUUGAACUGCCUGAAUAAAGAUAUUCAAGUUGAUGGAACUUGGAUUAUAUUUUUUCAAUAAUUCAUUAACUCUGAGUGUCAAACAUUUAGCCGUAGCACCUUUCCUAGCCCUAAAAGCAAAUUAUUUUUACUUAGUUUGCUACCCUAACCUUAAUACAUUGGAAAUAAUGAUAAACAAUGUUGUGUAUAUUGUUUUCUGCGACCAACAAUGAGGAGACACUUUUAACACUGAGCAGCUGCUACAGUAGGCCUUUGUACAUUAUGCUUUUAAUUUGUUUCCCCACUUAAAAGUUCCUUUUUAAUACUCCCCCCAAAAAGGUCAAUUGCAACGUUUUAACAUAUUGCUAUCGCUACCGAAACGGUGUACGUGGUAUAACAAGUUUAUAACAUUUUAAACAGCAAAAAUUAAUCCUCUUAAUUAGUCGGGCCGCCUAUGAUGACGCCUUGAAACUAGCCAGCUGGCCUACAUAGCAGGCGUUGAGAGGGGAUAGGGAGGAAGGGAAAAAGGGAGAGGGAUUGGAGAGAGAGGGUAGGAGACGCCUGCUAUAAGAACCCACUUUUGUUCAUUUCUGCGGACUCUGGCGUCCGCAAAUUCCUGAUUGGCUGAGCCGUAAGAAGUUGCUUAUGGGCUUGUAUUAAUGGCUUAUAUUAUAAACAGGGAGCUAAAGCUUUGGUAAAAACUAUUCGUUGAACUUUUUGACAAUUGUUUAUAAUUCUCCUUUCAUUAUUCGGGUCUCAGGCUGGCGACUGGUCUGUUCUUUGUGAUCAUUGUGUUUGAUGAGGUAAGAACAAAGAUUUUGUGUAUUCACACGAAACUGAUCACUGUUUGCCGUAGACUGCGAGCAGUAAGAAAAGAGAGACCGCUCGUAGUCUAUGUUAAUGUUUGCCGUGUUUCCUGCGGAGCAAGAACAGUAAAGAUGUUUUAUUUCGCUCGAUUAUGUUAUCAUUUGAAAAAAGCGUCACGACUAGACAAUUUCCUGUAAACAAAGUAAUUAAGUUCGGACCAUGCUGAGAUGCCCCCCUUCUUGUGAUUGGUCACGUUUUGACAGUUGACGUUAUUAGAUUAGUUGAGAAAAUGGUGGGCGGAAUACAAAAACACCGGCUCUUUUUGCAAGCGGUCUACAUUUCGCGUCGUCACCACUGGUUUUCCCGCCAAAUGACGUCUGAGAAACGAGCGUAGAAAUUCCAUACUGAUCAAGCGUCACUACCUAGAUCUGGGUAGUGCUUCCGGGUUGUUAUUUUUUUUUUUCAGAUUACAAGAAUAACCUGUAAUACUUCUCAGUCCGGCAUGCCUGAUUCAUCUGAAGUUAUUAUAACCACCGUCAAUUUUAUAUUUAUUAUCACCUGCCUUGUUGGAAACUGUUUUGUUUGUGCUGUGCUGAUGAGGAAUCAAGAAAUGAGGUACUUAGAGUAGUGCUACUGAAUCUAAUCUAUAUAUACCAUAAAUAACAAUAAACAAAUAUAAAUAAAUUACAAUUUUUUAAAAGCAAUAGACCACACUUCCUAUGGGUUUAACGGCGUGAUAUCCCACGGGGAAAGUGUUCUUCCAGCAUCCCAAGUGAAUUAUCACGCCGGUAAACCCAUAGAAAGUGUGGUCUAUUGCUUUAUUAAACAAUAGAAAACGUUUUCCGUGUUUGCAUAGCCUGAUAUAAAGACUCGAGGGGUUGGAAGAAAUCGAGGACAGUUAUGCAAACAUAACUGUCGAGAAUUCUCCUUCCCCUCGAGUGUUUAUAUCAGGUUAUUCAAACACAGGAAAAAAGUUUUCUUUUGCUUUUAUAAAAUAACUUUCCCGAGAAAAAACGCAAAACUCUUUGUUAUGGCACUGAUUAAAAGAGAAAUUCUUACCAGUCGCAAAGUCUUGUACACGAAGUCUUGCACGCGUAAUCAGUUCUUGUUUUGCAAACAGAUGCUUUCCAAAAUACGGAUUUUUCUCGCUUAAAAUGUCAGCUUAAGCGAAAAAAAAAAUUUACCAAGCUUGUUUGUCAGAACUUUCCAAGUCUCAGCGGACGAAGGAAUGGGUAAAUAAAGUAAACUUGUCAAAGUUUUGAACUCAAAAACUUUUCAAAUUCGUGCUUGCGUGAUUAGCGGACGAAAAGAACAUCUUGACGUCACAACCAUGUUUACAUACCCUCAUACAAACACUCCUUUCGGCCAAUCAGAGCGCGCGUACUAUCUUAGUUAUUUUAUAAAUAUAAAAUUGUAUACUGAACACCGUUUCCCACAGGACACCCAUAAACUAUCUACUUGUGAACCUGGCAGCAGCUGAUAUUUGUUACGCCACAUUCAUUAUACCGACGAUUAUCUUAAGCCAUAAUGUUGGCCAUCCAGAAGGAAUUACUGGGACAGUUUUGUGUCUAAUUAUUACCGGAGGGAACUUAGCGUGGAUUGGCGGACAUGCCUCAAUGAUUACUCUGCUUGUUAUUGCCGUUGAACGAUAUUUGGCUGUGAUACAUCCCUAUGGAAACAGAGGAAAACUAACGUUUAGCAGAUUGAAGGUUUGUUAAUUUACAAUGAGACAAGUACAUGUAUCUAAUUUAACAUUAGUAACGCCAUCGCAGUUAAAGUUUAAAUAAAGGGCUCAAUGGGGUUAACCGUCAACUGUCAAAAAAAAGUUUAUUUUUACCCUCAACCGACAAAAAUUCAUAGCCUUAUUAACCGUCGAAACGCUUCAAGGUAUUUCAAAUCUCACUAUUUCAGCUGAUCUUCACAGACUUCUGGCUCUCUCUAAGAAUCUCUUAACUGGAAAAACCAGCUAGGCUGCAUGUUCUCCAAAACACUUUGUCUAGACAUUAAUUACAAGACCUUACAACUUGCUUAAAUCUGAAAAUAUUUCAAAAUUUUAUGUGUGAAAGGCCAAGGCAACCUCCAAAACAUAACAGUUAAUAUUUAUUGAAACGGAAGUUAACAUUUCUUUAACUCUUUGACUAAAAAUCUGUUGAAUAACCGUCAACCUUCAAAGCUACCACCCCAUAUCGAUACACUGCUCUUAGCAGCUGCCGAGCAAGUAGGCAAACUGAAAGUUCACAUUUAAUUAUGUGGAUUCGUGUUAGGGGAAGUGUUUCACGUCAAUUGGUGGAUGAAAACAAGAAGGCGGGCUGGACCGGCUUGCUGAGAUCCCGAUUGCUUGAGCCGAGAUCUCGGCGACUCGCCAAGCCCGCCCUCUCAUAUUUAACAACGACAAUUUUAAGAGAAGAAAACAAGGCAUGAGCCGAGCCAGCACAGUAAAGCAGACCAGCCCGGUUAUUGCCGAGCUGGCUCACUUCAUAUAAACAGAGCCAUAGGAUGCCUUUGUCGUCUCGAAAGCUUUAUUAGUGCGGGCUUUUUCGUUUCGUCCGUCACUGCGUCACUGUUAGUUACCCUGACAGGUCCUGUCGAAAGUACGAGGACAUGGAAUAGCCGAUCUUUCCCUAGAAAAAUCUAGGGGACGUUUUGUCUUUACAUCAAAAUUUUCUGGAGACUUUUUUUAAACAAAGAUCGCAAUAUCUUGCUAAUAAAAUGUGAUAAACACAUCCUGCGAAAAGUAGGUAACCUAGUAGAAAAACUCUGUAUUGUGAUCUUAGACGAAGAAAGCGGUUAUCCAGAAAUUUUUGGCCUCUCUCAAAAUUUAGAAAUUUCUAGGCAAUAUUUGCUUCGAACAGUUAUCUUACAGAAAAAAGUCGUUGGGGCCACCGUUUAGCUGGAUAGGAUCAGCAAUAUUGAAAAUGCCUUACACGAAAUGUAAGGCAGUUCAAGGGACAGCUCGGAACUGGGCAAUUUUAUCGCCCAAUAUUUCGGUUAACCUUCUUCACGAGCUUCAACAAGUCUUAAACUGACGAUAAAAUAAAAGGUUACAAGCUUAUUACGUACUUUGAUGAAGGUUAGUUUUGUCUAAAAGAAAUUUUGGGCAACAAAAUUAUCCAUUUUUGUCAUCCGGUUAGCCUUGCAUUCCGUUUAAAUUUUCUUUGAUAUAAAAACAAUAGUUUCAUGCCCGGUUUCGUCGUAUCUUUGAGAUCACGGUAUUGCGCUUUUUAUUAACUCAAGAGCUGUUCUGUAUAGUGCCGCAUAACGUUCCCACUUGUCUAUUCCAAUAAUUGUUUCCUUGGCCUGAUGAAGACUGGCAGCAAGCAGUGGCAAAGUCGUACACAACUUCCCAGUGACAAAUGUUUUACGAUAGCGUAUAAACCGUUCAAAUAGAUAACUGUGCAAUACUGUCGAGCUAAUCAUUAUAUUCUAAUUAUUUUAAGUCUAAGUUAAGAUCAAUUCAGCCGUAAUUUUAUAUCAGGCUCUACUUUAACGUAUCGAGCACUCUACUACAGAAAAAUUGAAACACAGUUUUCCUAGAUUAUAGAUUAUAUAUUUAAUUUUUUUUUAAUACUAGAUAUUAUUAUUAUAAUUGCGUAGAUUUAAUGCACGUUCGUAUUUUGAACGAGCACUUGUGCUCUUAGACGAUAACGUGCUUAAUCGGUAUUUUCAGGUGAUUAUUCCUGGUAUUUGGAUCCUCGCAGUUAUAUACAGAGGCCCUUCCCUGCCGCGAAGUUUUGAUAAGGAAGUUAGUUCCAUCUCCUGCGUUUCCGUUUUGUCCAAAGAAAGCAAAAUGAUAACUGGUAUGACGUGGCGUGCUUUGAAAUUUUUAGCCAUUGUGGUUCUGGUGUUACUCUACUCCAGAAUAGUGUACGCCUUGUGGUUCAAGAGCAGUGACGGUGAAUUCACACGUCAUCAGCAGGUACGACUACAAUCCUUAUUAGACAAGUACAUAGUGGGACCCCCCCCGGGGGGUCCUCAACAAAUGUUUAUACGGUAAGGCUCCGCCCCGAGGUCCGAUCCCGUAUACCCCUUUCGUAUACCUUCUAUUGACAAAUGGUACCCCUUUCACAUACCUUAGCAAAGACAAGGAUUACAAUACGAAAAACGUUUUAAAGUAUUUCUCAAAUCUCAAAGAUUGUAAGCUUGUGCUACCUGCGGUCUAAUGAAUCAUUUUGUACACAGGGUGUAUUGAAGGUGAGAAGGCGUGUGUCCUUGAUGGUUGUUACAGUCAGCGCCAUGUUUGCAGCUUCUUGGGGAGCAGACGGAAUAGUACACAGCGUAGACGAUGCCGGCUCUUUGAAGCUGAACCCUUUAACAAUUCCUAUUGUGCAUUUAACAGUUACUUUCAACUCUGCCGUCAAUCCUUUUGUGUACGCUUUAAUAAACGAAAGAUUCAGGAGAAAGAUGAAGGAAAUGUUAUGCUGCUUUUCACGUUCCUAUGAAGUAAGGGGACCUAGCACGACAGAGGAGGUACAGCUGGAGAACAUGAACACUGGGAUCAACACUGGGACGGAGCCAAACGGAGCAAGUGCAGUGACAGGACUGUAG